GGAAGUGACGCUCACGCGCUUCCUUUCUUUCCUCUUACUGCCGGUGGCUCGUGCGUGCCCGCGCUGUAAAGCCCUCGGAUUUAUGCAUUAGCGUUUAAACCGGCGAAAGACACCCAGGGGCUUCGUCAUGUCUUACCCAGCGGAAGACGAAGAUUAUGAGCCAUACAGCUACAGUGACUAUGAUCUUCAUACCGGUGAUCCCAAAGCGGAUCUGGCGUAUGAGCGUCAGUACGAGCACCAGCAGACGUACCACGUCAUCCCCGAGGUGAUCAAGAACUUCCUGCAGUAUUUCCAUAAAACCAUCUCGGACCUGAUCGACCAGAAGGUGUAUGAGCUGCAGGCCAACCGCGUCUCCAGCGAGAGCAUCGAGCAGAAGAUCUAUGAGAUCCAGGAUGUCUAUGAGAACAGCUGGAAUAAGCUGACCGAUCGCUUCUUUAAGACGUCUCCAUGGCCAGAGGCAGAAGCUAUUGCCUCCUUGGUAGGAAACGAUGCUGUUUUCCUGAUCCUCUAUAAAGAGCUGUACUACAGACACAUUUAUGCCAAAGUCAGCGGAGGCCCAACACUGGAUCAGAGAUUUGAGUCCUACUAUAAUUAUUGCAACCUCUUCAACUACAUUCUCAAUGCUGAUGGUCCUGCACCACUGGAGCUUCCUAACCAGUGGCUCUGGGAUAUUAUCGAUGAGUUUAUCUACCAGUUCCAGUCGUUCAGCCAGUACCGCUGCAAGACAGCCAAGAAGUCUGAGGAGGAGAUCGACUUCCUGAGGAACAACCCAAAGAUCUGGAAUGUACAUAGCGUACUGAACGUGCUGCACUCCCUGGUGGAUAAGAGCAACAUCAACCGCCAGCUAGAGGUCUACACCAGCGGAGGAGACCCAGAGAGCGUGGCUGGAGAAUAUGGCCGUCACUCUCUCUAUAAGAUGCUGGGCUACUUCAGCUUAGUGGGCUUGCUGAGGCUGCACUCCUUGCUGGGGGAUUACUACCAGGCCAUCAAAGUUCUGGAGAACAUCGAACUCAACAAGAAGAGCAUGUACUCGCGUGUCCCCGAGUGCCAGAUCACCACAUAUUACUAUGUGGGUUUCGCCUAUCUAAUGAUGCGCCGCUACCAGGAUGCCAUCCGCGUCUUUGCCAACAUCUUACUCUACAUCCAGAGGACCAGGAACAUGUUCCAGAGGUCGACAUAUAAAUACGAGAUGAUUAACAAGCAGAACGAGCAGAUGCAUGGAUUGUUGGCCAUUGCUCUGACCAUGUACCCCAUGAGAAUCGACGAGAGCAUCCACACACAGCUCAGAGAGAAAUACGGAGACAAGAUGCUGCGCAUGCAGAAAGGAGACCUGCAGGUGUUUGAGGAGCUUUUCAGCUUCGCAUGUCCCAAGUUCCUGUCUCCCGUCGUCCCCAAUUACGACAAUGUGCAUCCGAAUUAUCAUAAAGAACCAUUCCAGCAGCAGCUCAAAGUGUUCGCUGAGGAAGUCCAGCAGCAGGCUCAGCUCUCCACCAUCCGCAGUUUCCUGAAGCUCUAUACCACCAUGCCCGUGGCAAAGCUGGCAGGAUUUUUGGACAUGUCUGAGCAGGAGUUCCGCAUUCAGCUGCUCGUGUUCAAGCACAAGAUGAAGAACCUGGUGUGGACCAGUGGCAUCUCAGCACUGGACGGAGAGUUCCAGUCAGCCUCCGAGGUUGACUUCUAUAUCGACAAGGACAUGAUCCACAUUGCAGACACAAAGGUAGCUCGUCGUUAUGGAGACUUCUUUAUUCGGCAGAUCCACAAGUUUGAGGAACUGAAUCGCACCCUGAAGAAGAUGUCCACAUCUGGCACCACGAGCUCCAGCAGUGCCACGUCGCGAUCAUAACAGCACUCACUGAACAUUUUUUUCCUCUUGUUGCACUGCAGCUUCAGCAGAAGAUGCAUUAAUCCAGCUAAUUUUACUAAAAGAUGAAUAGCCUACCUUUUCUCACGGGCGGUGGAGAUACGGUGCCAGCUUUCAUAUUUUCCGACCUCCAGCGUCCAGUUUGCCGUUUUGACAUUCUAAGGCUUUUUUUGUGCGCUGGGAGAAAAAAAAAUAAUAAAGUUGAUGUGGUGAAUAUA